ACCCCAAAUCUAUUCAAAACACACACAACAAAGUAAACAAAAUCACUUAACUUUAAUUUGGUCUCUACUUUUUUGUUCAAACAUGGAUUUUGUUGAUUCUUCAUUUUUCCAAUUUCAAUACCAAAACCUUAACACUUCAUUUUCAAAUUCAUCUUCUUUUUCAGAAAACAUUUCAUGGGAUGAUUUCUUUUUCUCCAAUGAAGACAACACCAACAAUAACAAUCACAAUAGCAACACUUUUCCCUUGAACUCCACUCAUCAAAACACACAAGAAAUUUCAUUAUCAAAUUCCAAUUCUAACACUUCAAACUCUCAAAUAAGUUCAGAAUCACAAGAAGUUUCAUCUAAUUCUUCAACUCAAGUUAUAGAAACACAAUCAUCAUCAUCAUUAUCAUCCCCUAAGAGGCCAUACAGAGGAGUUAGGAGAAGACCAUGGGGGAAAUUCGCGGCCGAGAUAAGAGACUCAACAAGAAAUGGUGUUAGAGUUUGGAUUGGAACAUUUGAUACCGCUGAAGCAGCUGCUUUAGCUUAUGAUCAAGCAGCUUUAACAACAAGAGGUUCAAUGGCAGUGUUGAAUUUUCCUGAACAAGUUGUGAGAGAAUCAUUGAAAGAUAUGGUGAUUAACAAGUCAUGGGAAAAUGAUGGUUCUUCUCCUGUUUUAGCACUUAAGAGGAAACACACUUUGAAAAGAAAAUCUAAAGCAAGUAAUAGCAAAAAGACCAAAAGGGGAGAAAAGGAAUUAAUGGAGAAUAAUGUUGUUUCAGAAAAUGUGUUGGUUUUGGAAGAUUUGGGUUCUGAAUAUUUAGACCAACUUCUUAGUUUAAGUACUUCUUCUCAAGUCUUUUGUUAGUUUCCUUUGUUUGUUGAGUUUUUUCUUUCAUGUUAAUUAAUUCUUUUAUGACUUCAAAAUUUGUAGUAAGCAUUGAUCAUAAUUCUUUCCUUUUCAUCCCCUUUGUUGGUUUUCUUCCAUUUGGAUUGUAGUCAAUAGAGAGAGAGAAGGUAGGAAAGAAUGCAAUUGUAUAAAUUUUGUCUCUAAGAAACAUUUCACAAAUAAUUAUUGUUGAAAAGUUUAAAUUA